AACUUCAAGUAAAAUUAUCAAUGGACAACAACACAAAAAAGAGUGUUUUUCUAACUCACCCAAUUGAACUCAUAGGUCGUUAUAGUAUCGAGUGUUUAGGGCUUUUUUGUGGUGACUGUCCUUUGGCGAUAUUCAUACAUUUUUCUGGUUAUACUGAGUGUGUUGUCACCUCUAGUCGAAGUAUUCCCCAAACUAAAACGAUAUCGCUUCGUAUACUGAAGAAUAUACUCUCUUUCCCUGGCUUGAAAUCUGUUCAAAUGGGUUACAAAACAGAUGGAGACUGCAAAUCUCUCAAGAUGAACAUGGGGAAGUUUGUUUUGAGCGAAUCCUUUGUUGUGCAAGAAAUUGGAAAAAUUGAUGUGAAGCCAUUGGCACUUAUUGCGUGUUACUUUGCGCAGUCAAGAUUGUGUCAAAUUGGAACAGAGAACAACGCAGUUUUCCUCUCUGGUUGGAGUCCUUCUAAAGUUUUCAAUAACAUCGGGCAUAAAGUUAACGCUUUGACCAUGAGUGAGAAUAUGAUCGCGCGUUUCACCUAUGAUGGAGUUCCAUACAACUGGGUUAUUGAACGAACAGGGGUUUGUAUAAAAUUUAGGUACAAAUCAACUGGAGAUAACAACACUUUAUCACUUUCUUUUAAAACAUCUUCUGCACCUCUUUCAUUGCGCUGGAGUUUACAUGGUAAUCAUGGCGAUGUUUGGAAAACUGGCAGUAUCUCACAUAUGCCUAAUGAAUCUUUUGCGUUUACUUUCGGAGGCCGUAUCAGUGAGACCAACUCAACGGUUGCCAUAGCAAGUCUCUUAAUCACCACAGAAGUUUGUACCGAAUAUGGUGAUAUAUACCCUUAUUUUGCUGACCCAGACAGUAAAUGUGACUCGAACAAAUUUCUUUGCGAUAACGGGGAGUGCAUCAGCCAUAGUUAUGUUUGUGAUGGGGACAAAAGGUGCUCCGAUGGAUCCGACGAAAAGAAAUGCGAAUGUUUUACUGGUCAGUUCAGAUGUUUAGUUUCUGGGGAAUGUAUCGAAAAGAGAUUUCUUUGCGAUGGAAUUGACAACUGUGGUGAUGCUAGUGAUGAAAAAGAUUGUUAUAAAAGCUGUGAUUCUAAGCAAUUUUACUGUCCUAGUGGUAUUUGCAUCCCUUGGAAUACUACCUGUAAUGGAGUACGUGAUUGUUUGGAUGGAGCCGAUGAGCCAAGUAUCUGUGGCAAUACCACGGCUAACAAAACCUGUAGUCUUGAUAAUCUCAGUUGCAUGGGCGAAAUGAGACCCGAGGAAAUGUGUGAUACAAAUGCAAAUUGUGAUUUCGAGGAAGGAAGUUUAUGUGAAUGGCACCAAGUCAAUGACGGAAGCGAUGAUUUUGAUUGGUCAAUUGGUAAGGGUGAGACCGCUUCCAAGAAUACUGGACCAAUAGUUGAUCGUACAACUAGAUCUAAAGAAGGUUCAUAUAUCUUCAUUGAAGCUAGCUCGCCAAGGGUUGCAGGCGAUAAGGCAAUACUAAAUUCUGGUCCAUUCAAACCCGAUCGAAAUUUCUGUUUCAUGUUUUAUUAUCAUAUGUUUGGCCCACACAUCGGUCGUCUAAGCGUAUAUCGAACAGGGUUGAACAAAACCGACGCUCAAGUUCUUUGGACUCGAAAUGCCUCGCUCAGCAAAUACUGGAAUGCCGCCUCAAUUGAUAUCGAAUCAAAAGAAGCAUUUUACCUAUUUUUCGAGGCGGUUCGUGGUGAUGGAUCCCAGGGUGACAUUGGACUUGAUGACAUUUCUAUGGUUGCAAAAAACUGCUCUGAAGUUCACAAUGAUUACUCUCCUUUUUGCUCGUUUGAGAAACCUUGUCCUUGGAAAAUGACCCCCAAAGUUUGGUCAAGAAUGCGUGUUAAAAAUAGGAAUCUAUUCAUGCUCCGAGAUCACUUCUUGAUGACACGAUCAUCUGGCCGGAUGGAGAUCGUUCUAUCCGAACAAAUCACAGACAGACGUUACCAGUGUAUGUCAUUCUGGUAUAAGUUUAGUUAUACCACUGGUAUGCAGUUUAGAACUAUGCAACUAUUUGAUUGGAAUAUCAUUCAAUUAUGGCACAGCCUUCAGACUGCCAACAAACAAUGGGUGUUCGGGGAGAUGCCGUUGAGAGUAACUGUGAUGAAGUCAAAGCUUGUCAUCAUAGUAACCAUUCCAUCUAAAAGAAAUUCGCCCUAUUUCGCCAUUGACGAAAUUAAUUUUUCUAAGGAAACGUGUCUCUCUUUUCAACAAGGGGGUUUUGCGUGGAUUCGAAAAUCUUCAACGUUUUACAAGUGGUUGAAAAAGCGAAAUAGCGAUGGCAGCAUUACAGCAUUCUAUGACAGGCCAAACAUCCACCGGGCACUCACCGCCCAGAGUUUUUUAAAAAAAUUUAUACUAUACAGUAUAAAUCACGUUGUUAAUGACAUUCCUCCGUCAGAGUAUACAAAUAUCAGUUUGGGAAGCCGAAUACUUAUAAAGGAUCAUCACGAAUUGACAGCAGUUGCAGGAAUCGUUAUUGCCAAGGAAACCGUCGGUGACAAUUCACGCUACCUGUUGACUGCUCGCCUUGAUAUUAACGGCACAGAUGUUGUGGUUGAGGAAGAACGUGCGUUGUUGCUGCCAUAUCAAUUAGACCGCAUUGGCUCUGCAUGGCUUUCAUUGCCCGUAUACAGAUGCAGGUUUCCGAGUUACAAUGAUUGGUGCUAUUUUUCUGAAAAGAAACGAAAUUGGUUUGAUGGUGCCGACGAAUGCAAGCUUUUUGGUGGUGAAAUGGCAAAAUUUGACUCCGAACUUGAGGAAAUACAUGCGCGGAAUAUAUUUGCAAAUCUUUUACCUUUUUGGAUUGGUUAUCACGGACAUAAACAUCAGGGGAAAAGGUUUGUAUGGAGUGAUGGGAAGAAGGAUCUUUAUAACAACUUGGACAAAAGAAGUUUGGAUCAAGGAUUAUCUGCAGGCUUGUGUGUAACGAUCACAAAUUCCACCGUUUGGGAGCGACGAAACUGUAGUGAGGUUCUGAACGUUGUUUGCCGCAUCCCAGUCGUGAGAAAAAUAUUAAUUUCCAAACAACAAGGAAAGAAAACGCUAAACUGUUCCAACCUCGAUGCCGUGAUUGAUAUCCUUGAUGCAAAACUCGAUCCAGUACAAUCUAAAACUGACAAGGGUGGAAAAUCAUCUGGUAAAACAACUUAUUGCAAAUUGAAACCGGACGUUUCUAUUAGAGUGAAGACGAGGUGCCAAUUCAAAAAUUGGUGCCGUUUAUCAGUGAAAUCGAUCAUCAACGGAAAUUGCCCGGAUAAAAGAUACAAUCUUAUGAUUUCGUAUAGAUGUGAAAAGAAUUCGAAAGAAAUAAAUCCAGGUACUUCAGAGUUCAGGUCCGUAUUCUGUCCAAAGGAUUGGGAUAAGUUUCGAACAAGCUGUUACAUCUUGAACUGGGCAAAAAUAGAAUGGGAUAAAGCUCUGACACGUUGCGAGAGUAUGGUGCUAGGAGCUUCAUUGGUGUCAUUUGAUGAUAAAAAAGAGAAGGAUUAUAUCAGAAGUAGCAUGAAGUCAAAGGGCAGUGGUUCGUGCGAUUUUGAAACUGACUGGUGCGGUUGGAGCGACUAUUCAAACAAUACCGACUCUCGCUGGUAUCGCACAGUCGAACAAGAACCAGUACAAACGUCAAUGAUGAAUUCAGAUAUUGCCAGAAGAUAUCAAGUAGCUUCGCCUGACAAAGUCAAUGUCUACUUAUUUCGAGGACGUCUCCUGGAAGAAGUGUACUGCUGCCGAAAGAAAUCAAAUAUAUCACAAUAUGUCUUUGGGUGUUUCUUCCUACGAAUAAUAAUGAAACCAAAGUGA